CCCACAACUACAUCGACGGCGGCGACAGUUCAAUUGUCUAAGUUCUAGCCAUUGCUGCUGCAGAAUGCAAACUGCAGUCGGCGGAACCCCGAGAGACGAUAUUAAACACAUUAUUACACAGUCAUUGAUGUUGCAUUAUAUGACUACAAUAUUAUAGUUUACUGCACGAUGUUGAGCUGACUCUACCUAUUCGUGUAAAGUGUAUUCUUCAGCCGCGGGACGUCUAACUACCCCUGUACAUGCCCAUAGCAUUCGCCCACUCCAUCGAUUCACCACGUCCACCCGUCGCGAAACACUGUCGUCUACCUCCAUUCGCCUAGCUCACCAAAACAGACGCGUCGUCGUCAUGCCUGCGGCCGAUGAGCAGUGACGUGAGCAGGCGAUUUUCGUCGGCCGUCGGCGGCGGCGGCGGCUGCAAGAAAAUGCGAAAACGGAAGGAACUGGACGCGUUGACCGGGUGCACGGUAGUCGGCGUCAACCGGAACCGCAGGCUGAUGACGUGCUCCUCCGACUCGGACUCGUGUUCGUCGUCUCGGGCGCCGCCCACGCCCAUAAAGCUCCGGCGGCAGAUCACACGCAGGCGAAAACGGACGUUUGUCGCCAACACCUGGUGCAGCGCCCUGAGGAUGUUCCUGACGUUCGGCUGCGUUGUGUGGGUCGUGUUCGAGACWUACACGUUCCUYGACGUGCGCAAGAUCCAAGCGCACUUGCAAUCGCAACUCGACGAAGUUGCCGCCGGCAAUCGUGGAGUUCCAGAUGACCUACAGAAAUGUCAUGCCAUGUCUAAACAGCUUCAACAAAACCAGACCGAUAUUAAUCAACGUCUAACAGUGUAUGAUGGACAGAUCACUAACUUAACCCUACAGGUUGCCAAUUUGGGUUCAAGGUUAUCUUUAGUUGAGAAAAAAAUCAAUGAGAACACGGACCUUUUAUCAAAUCCAGAUGCUACAAAAGACCCAUCCAUAAAAGUCUUAUCAUCAGAAGUUGCUAAACUUGGUAGUACUUACCAAGACUUAAGUGGCAGUGUAAAAUCGCUCAAAGAUACUACUAGUUCAUUACAGUCAUACCAAACAACUUUGAAAGCAAACAUAACUUCAAUAAGUGAAAAAUUAAGUAAUGUUGGUAGUAUGAAAACUGAUGAAACUAUGAUCAACAAUGUGUCUGGAAAGUUACAUGARCUAAUUGAAAAUAUAAGUUUGAAUGUCACAACCUUAAACCGAACACUUACCAGCCGAAUCGACUGGUUAUCCGGAGAUCAAAAAACCAAUGGGGCAGAAAUAGAAAAAUUAAAAGAGGACAGUCAGAAAUUAAUCGCUCAAGUAAAAACAAUUGACACUAAAUUAACGUCAUCAUUUAAUGAAGUGAACUCAAAAGUUAUAUCUCUAAAAACUCAAAUUGACAAGAUUGCAACUAAUGUUACCAGUUUACAUGCUCAAUCUAAUUCCGAUGACUCUUUAACGAGUUCAGGUCAAUUAAAAGGUGAUAAAAAUGGAACUCAGAUAAAAUCAUAAYAUUAGUAUUUUUUGUGUUUAAUUGUAUGUGCACAAUGUUGUUGAAUAAUUUUGUUUUAUUUUUUUUUCUAACUAUUAGU